AUGUCGCGUCGUCAGUCGCGUAACAAGUCCACCGCAUCAUACCGUAUCGAGGACGGUUACUCAUUUCUCGAUGAGGAAGACGAACAUGCUGGACCAUCGCGACAGCGCAGACCAGUCGUACAAGAUGACGAGGAGGAUGGCGACGAUUUCAUGCCCGACGCCAAUGCAGAGGAAGAGCAGGAAGACGAUUUCGAGGAAGAACUCAUAGAAGAAGAGGAUUCGGACGACGAGACAGCUGCAAAUGAGGAGGCGUUGGCCCGGGAGUCAUCUUUCAUUGACGUUAACGAUGUCGAGAUCGCACCCUCCCGCCCAUCUACGGGCAAAGGCAAGAUUCCAGCUGUCCCACAAUUCUUACCGCAAGGCCCGAGGCCUAAAUCGACCGCUUCAGUGCAAGUUCCGCACAGCUUUGCUAGAAGUGGCGGGAGGAAGGUUAAUAUGGAUGACGAUAAAAUCAGAGCUCGAGGCAUCGCCGACUUCAGCGGAAAGGGAGGCCAGGAAGCGCGCUUGAAGGACUUGUUCGGACCCGCUAAUAUCGAUUUAAAGCCUAUAUUGAGGACAAGAGACGAAUGGAGGCCACAGGAGACAUUUCCGAUCCGCGAUUCUGGCCUGAAGAGAAGUCCGUUUGAAAGCUCAGAGGCAAGAGCGAAAGACACAAAACUUCUUCAAACAUGGUACACCGAUAUCGGAAGGGAUCAAUUUAUGGAGGGUCAGAUUACAGCUGUUCUGAGUGAAGAGCGAGGUGCCACGUAUAUCAUGAACGAUGGAGCUGCCUCAAUCAAUGUCCUUGCAGGCAGAAACAUUGAUCCCCGGCUACUUCCACUAACGAAGGGCUCAUUCAUCGAUAUCGCAGAUCCAUUCGAGGACAAGGCCAAAAGGAGUGGCUGGCUACUCAAUCUGGGAGCACGUGUGCAAGACACUCAAUGGAUGACAAAUGAGAACGGGAAUACACAAUAUCUUGCUGUUGCUGUGGAACAAAGAGACAAGGUCUGUCAGCAGCCAGCGGUCAUGGAACAGCCGACCGCACCUGCAUUCUCCGCCACGAAGCCGUUUGCUUCAUCAAUACAGAUAUGGGCUUUCGAUUCUAGCCCAGACUUCGGACUUGAUUCGUCCAAAAAGCCUAGGCUGGCUCUUGUUAUUUGUACAAACUGGGGUGCGCCAAAGCAGAUCAGAUGGUCCCCUAUUAUGCCACAUGACAGAAAGUUACCAUUGAGUGGUAACGGAACAAUCGAUGUUGGGCUACUCGCAGGUAUCUGGUCAGAUGGACGAGUGCGGGUGCUCAACAUUGAGAUCCCCAAAGCCGACAGAGAUACCACUGGACCUACAUUCAUGCACUUUGCUCAGGCCGCUUUCGAAGUCUCUUUUCCACAAACAGUGCCCACUUGUCUUCAUUGGUUUUCUGGCUCCACCAUUGCUGUUGGGACUGCCGCUGGCACGUUAGCUAUAUGGACCUUGACUCAGCCCGGGACUCUAUCUUCAACAUCUCCAACUAGGAGUAAUCCGACGCCCUGGUUUUAUAAGCAGAUUGGAGAUACCUACGUUCUGACGAUGCUCUCAGGCUGGCCCUCACAACCCCACUUCGUGUCGGUAAGCACAGCAGACGGCUUUGCGCGACUUUAUGACAUACGCUCUCCGGACACAGACACCGUCGCUUCAGUCCGUGGACGCGUGCUAGUCACUACUCAAGCGUGGCACGAACACACCCAAUCUUUCAUAAUGCCGGAUGAAUAUUACAUGCUUAAGCACAACAAUAUUCGUCGAUUCUAUCACAACAUCUACAGUGCACGAGCAGAGAGCAGCAUAGUGCGUGUUGCCGCAAGCCCAGUGCACCCUGGAGUCUUGAUUGCUGGCGCCAAUGGGGCAGUAUUUGCAACAAAUCCUGUCGGACGAGUUGUCAAUACGAAAGUGGUACCCUGGCAGCAGAAUUGGUUCUUUCAUGAGUGGAGGCCACCGGUAGCUGAGAUGACCUUGAAACCACCUACCCGCGAUACUACAAUGCAAGAUGAAGAUACUCAGGAUAUCCCAACCCCGAACACGCCUGAAGUACCGCCUUCAGCACUGUCUAAGCCUAUGGUACGCAUCACAGAGGGUUACAAGGCUACACAGCCAGGCAUUUCUUACUCGACAACAUCGAAGAAGAAACCAGAGACCGAAACUAGCACCCUUAUUACAAUCUUCGAAGAGCAGUCAUCAAUCAGCGCUCUAGCGUGGAAUCCGAAUCUGAAGUUUGGAACGUGGGCAGUCGCGGGGAUGAACAGUGGACUACUCCGCGUAGAGGACAUCGGCGUGUGA